AUGGCGUCCGGCUACGGCGUGACGGGAGGUGUCUCUCGAUGCUUUCCAUUCUGGCAAGAGUACAUGUCAUGUUACGUUAUCAACCAGCAUGAUCCGGAAGCAAGAGCGCAAGGCGUCUGCGCCCCGCGGUUGGAAGAUUAUUAUGAAUGUCUACACCACAAAAAAGAAGUCAGUGACAAGCUUGUCCCAAAUGCGAGCUGCACCUCGAGACUAACCACACCGCUACAGUAUGCACGAGCAGCAGCAAUCCAGAACGCACUACGAAAGGCCGAAGCAGCACAUCCCCGAGAAAAUGCACCCAAAGUUGGCCAGAUUCGAAGUUUAGGCUUACUAGGGAAGGAAGACGAGACCAAAUCAAUAUUGGGUGCUUGA